AUGUUUGAGACGAUUAUUUUGAUAGGGCCAGGAGCAGAAAUGUUUCCAAUAGUAAAUAAAAGACUUCCAAAGGCAUGCAUUCCGAUUGUUAACAGGCCAAUAAUACAUCAUGCAAUCAAGCUUUUAGAAAGUGUUACCAGAAAAUUUAUUAUUAUCGGAUUGAAUGAAGAAAGAGACGCAGUACUGGAUGCAACCAGAUCAACUACUAAGAAGCCCAUUAAAUACAUAGGGAUUGAGAUGUAUGAUGGAACUGUUGCAUCACUCAUGGCAAUUAGAUCAAUAAUUGAGUGUGAGGAUGUGAUAGUAUGUAAGGGAGAUAUAGUGGGAAGCAUUGAUAUUAAGGAAAUGGUUCAGAAGUAUUUUGAAAGCAAAAGGAUGCUUAUGGUGACUUUACAGAAUUCCAAGAUGGAAAGCACACUGAUGGGAUAUAGAGCAGGCAAUCUGAUGUUUUAUGGAAAUAGCCAGGAUUAUAAGAUUUCUUUUGGAUUAUUAAAGGAUGGAUUAACGUUGACGAAGGAUUACGAUGUUGUUCCAUUGUAUAUGAUGAAGAGUAGUUUAUUUGAGAUGCUUGACUCGAGAUUUUUCAGCUUUAAGCAUGACCUGAUGCCUAAUCUUGUUAAAGAGCUUGGAGUAAGCAAUCCAGUAGGAAUAUACAGCCCAAGAAGCGGAAAUGUGUAUCACAUAAGAACGAUUGAUGAUUAUUUGGAAGUGAACGCAUUGUUGAAAAAGCAGAUUGUUGGAGCAAGCGCUAAGCCAAAGACAGAUGAUGUGAAUGCAAAAUUUGUGAAGGAGUAUGCAAAGAAAAAUAGCAUAAAAGACAUAAGCAACUUGAUUGAUACUGAUGUAGUGAUAGAAGAGAAUGCUUUUAUUUUUGGUUCGAUCAUAGGAAGUAAAUGUAUUGUUGGCAAUGAAAGCAAGGUGAUGUGUUCGAUUCUGAUGGAUGGGGUUAAGAUUGGAAAGAAAUCACAUAUUGAAGGCACACUGAUUGGAAGUAUGGUGAGUAUUCCUGAAGGUAGCAAGCUUGUGAAUUGUAAGGUAUCACCAGGAUAUGUGUUUUCUAAUUCGGUAUGUUCAUCAGAUGGAGUUUUUGGACUAUAA